AAAAAUCAUGAUUUUAAACCCAGUUUACAGCAGCGUUGGCACUUCCCGAAACCCAGUUCACCGCCAACUGUAGUCUGCUCGUAACAAUGGCAACAACGUAUCACCAACCAGCAUCCCUAGAAGAAGUUCGAACCCUAUGGAUAGGCGAUUUACAAUACUGGGUAGACGAAAACUAUCUCACACACUGUUUCUCCCACACCGGCGAAGUCAUCUCCAUCAAAAUCAUCCGCAACAAAAUCACCGGCCAACCCGAAGGUUACGGUUUCAUCGAAUUCGUCUCCCACUCCGCCGCCGAACGCGUUCUUCAAACCUACAACGGCACUCAAAUGCCUGGCACCGAACAAACCUUCCGUUUAAACUGGGCUUCAUUCGGUAUCGGUGAACGCCGUCCUGAUGCUGGUCCCGAUCAUUCGAUAUUUGUGGGGGAUUUGGCGCCUGAUGUUACGGAUUAUUUACUGCAAGAGACUUUUAGGACUCAUUAUGGGAGUGUUCGUGGGGCGAAGGUUGUGACUGAUCCGAAUACUGGGAGGAGUAAGGGGUAUGGGUUUGUUAAAUUUAGUGAUGAGAGUGAGAGGAAUCGUGCUAUGUCGGAGAUGAAUGGUGUUUAUUGUUCUACUAGACCGAUGAGGAUUAGUGCUGCUACCCCCAAGAAAACUACGGGGUAUCAGCAGAAUCCUUAUGCUGCUGUUGUUGCUGCUGCUCCUGUUCCCAAAGCAAUAUAUCCAGUGCCGGCAUACACCACCGCCCCAGUGAAUACAGUUCCACCAGAAUACGAUGUAAACAAUACUACUAUUUAUGUUGGUAAUUUGGAUCUUAAUGUCUCAGAAGAGGAGCUGAAGCAAAACUUUUUGCAAUUUGGAGAGAUUGUUUCUGUCAAAGUUCAUCCCGGCAAAGCAUGUGGUUUUGUUCAAUUUGGUGCUAGAGCAUCUGCUGAAGAAGCCAUUCAGAAGAUGCAGGGAAAGAUAUUAGGUCAACAAGUGAUCCGAGUUUCUUGGGGUAGGCCCCAAACAGCUAGACAGGACGUACCUGGUGGCUGGGGACAACAGGUGGAUCAAAGUCAAUGGAGUGCAUACUAUGGGUAUGGACAGCCGGGUUAUGAAGCUUAUGCAUAUGGGGCUGCUCAGGAUCCUUCAAUGUAUGCAUAUGCUGGAUAUGCUAGCUAUGCACAAUACCCGCAACAGGUUGAAGGUGCCCAAGACGUAUCAGCUAUGUCUGUGCCUACCUUGGAACAAAGGGAAGAAUUGUAUGAUCCUCUGGCAAUGCCCGAUGUUGAUAAGUUAAAUGCUGCAUAUCUCUCAGUACACGGAAAUGCCAUUUUAGGGCGGUCCCUCUGGCACAAAACCCAUUCCUCAUCCUUGCAGCAGCAAGCUUAGGAUCUAUUUGUAUUUGCACUUCCUAUAUUUUAUGUUUCAAUAUAUUAUGCAACUAGAUCUGCAACAUAACUUAAGUUGCUUAGCUUUAAAUUCUUAUUGUUUGAUCCCCAAAUCCCAGUGGCUUUUUCAUGUGGCCGCCGACCGGUGUAAAGAUAUGAAAGAUAUGACAAGUAGCAUAUCAGUAGACAAGUCUUUCGUUAGAUCGACCCCCUGAUUAUCUUUUGAUUUUGACAAUCUAGAUAACGUGUCUUUUGUUAAAGGGAAGAAAUAUUGUUUGGCAGAGGAACUUCAACCUCAUUUAUGAGCUGAUAAGUGUUGAUUUAAAUGCUUUAACUAAUAAUCAACUCAUUGUGGGGUUUUACA